CUGACCAUAGAGAUAAAUACCAAUAACAUUUAUGCUCUUGACUGUAGCAGUUUACUUUGUUGCGUAUAGGCAUUGUGCACAACAACACUAACGCCUCUAUAAAAAAAAAUCCAAAGUGUGACAUUUAUUUAUCCUAGUUAAUUUUCUGAGUGAUGAUAUUCUCCAUUGAUCAGUACUGUCGAACCCAUGUAUUACUCACUUGUGUGCUUCUGACCGAAGCAGGUUCGUUUUACUGAUAAGAUGUGAGCACUACUACUUUGGACAUUAACCUAAUAUGAUAAGACAUUGCGCAAAUGAAUUAACAGUGAUAAUGUGAGAAGCUGAAGUGGUUAAAGAGAGAGCAAAAUGAGAGUUAGUCAGUUUCUAGAAUGGGCAAACUGGGGUUAGUUCGUGGAGUCCACUUUGUGGCAAUCAUCUGCAUGACACUGGGUCGUGAUUCUCUCCCAAAUAUGCAAGCCGAGUUUGAGAUCCUGCACACCUGGGACAGCAAUCCUGUAACUCAUGACCCCAUCAGGAUCAUCUUCUCUCCUGGUUUUGGAGGGCUAAAAAUGAAGGUCAUUGCUCCCUUCUUCAAUGACCCUGAGGCACCAGCAGGACCACCCGGCCAGCCCUUCCCUGGACUCUGGGAUUAUGAAGUUGUGGAGUCCUUCUUUCUCGAUAGUACUACAGACAAUUACUUAGAGGUGGAGGUUUGUCCACACGGUCAGCACUUGGUAUUACUGCUGUCAGGGGUCGGCCAAGCGUUCCAGACGCAACUGCCAAUAGAUUUUAGUGCUACAAUCAUCGGAGACAAAUGGAUGGGUGAGGCUCUUCUACCCUGGAUGUACUUUCCUCCCAAUGUGAACAAGAUGAACUCUUAUGCGAUUCAUGGCUCUGGAGAGAAGCGCACAUACGAAGCACUCUAUCCCAUACCCAGUGAUGAGCUAGUUGAGGGACAAAAGCCAAACUUCCACGCCCUAAAGUAUUUUGGAAAUUUCCACCUUCAAAGCAUCAUGGGGGAUGGUUGGGAGCAGCCAGAGUCUGAUCUGUGGAAGGGGAAACCAUGAGCUUUUCAGAAACUCACUCAUUCGCUCCCUGAUGGCUUUCCGGUACUUGGAUGCAACUACGUACAUCAGCCUGUGUUCACACAUCACUCAAUUCGAAAUGGAUCUUUCAGUCAUGUGUGCCGGUGGUUUAGGCAAAGUCCUUGCCUGUAAUUAUACAAAGUGCAUUCUGUGUAUUCCACAUAUUCUGUAUUUUUUAACACCACAUUUUAAAUAUUGGUGGCAAUGAUUGUAACAAUCCUUUCCAUUUAAUUUAUUUGGUUAUUUUGAGAGUGUUUUCCCGUCUAUUAAAAGGGAAUGAAUUAGUAAUCAUUUAAAUAUUUUGUGGUAAGUCAUUAAGCAUAAAUUUUACAUUGUACACACA